CCGGUCCCGUUCUAUAAAUCGGUACUUCGAUGUCGGUCAGUCAGUUCUGUAGGUACGCGUGCAGUUUCUCUUUUUUUCUGUUUAUUUUGUAAAAUCUUGUAAGAAAGUUAACACGCAUGAGCAUAAAAAGAGAAUUACAUUUUUCAUCGAACUAUUUAAUCAAGUUACUAUAAAGAUAAGUGCUUGCGGCUAAAACAAUGGAGCUGCAGGCCUUGCUAGUUUUAUGUGGGAUUGGGGUUACUGCAGCUGCAGUGCUUCUUCUCAUGGGGCUAUUCUCAGCAUCUGGAACUAGCUAUGAGGAAGCAAUAGCCCAGCAACGACGAGCCACAAAUGAACUGCUUGCACUAGCUGAGAAUAAAAAUAAAUCAAAAAAGACCAAUAAAAAAGCUAAUAAGAAGUUAGCAAAGAAGGAAAGGAAAGAAAAUAUCACAGCUGCCACAGGAAGUGAACCAGAAAGCGAAGCCCCAGCUGAAAGUGGAGUGGACGAUGAUUUAGUUCCUGCAAAGCCUCAUGUUGAAUUCAGCCCGCCUGUGGUAGUGGAACUACCGACUGACACACCACCCAACAUCAAGAUUCGCAAACGCGGCAAGGAUCCUAAAGUAAAGCCGAUAUUAAUUAACAAAGAGGAUCCGAGUUGUGUUAGCGAUCCGAGCACGGCGGCCACGCCGGUCGCGGAGGUUUCUAACCACUUUGAGGAAAUGCACCCCAAGGACGACUUUGAGUUAUUGCACGCUACACUAGAAAAAAUCUCUGAGAAGAAGGAAGAAGUAGUUGAGAAAAAGGAAAGUAAAGUUUCGAAACAAGUGAAGAGUGGUAAAGCGGCCCCGAAACAGAGCCAGGAGGCCGUUAAGGAGGAAAUUGUACGCGAUCGACCAAACAACGGCGAUGUUCCACUCGAACAACGCAAAGUGAAAAAGUUGGAAAAGAAGGCUGCCAGCGAUACGGCAGUCGAGGAGGUGGUGCCACCGCUAAACGUUCCGCAGCCGAGCGAGCUCACCACGGACAAGUUGCUGCGGAACGCGCUCCCGGCGUCUGUGGCCACGCCUCCCGCCCCCGCCCCUGCACCCGCACCGACCGCUCCUGCGCCUUCCCCGCUCGCUAAGGGCAAGAAGAAGAAGACCGAGCAGAGCGUGCUUGCGCUUAUUGGCGGCGACGGCGCCGGCGUGUCGGUGAGCGAGCUGGUGCGCGUGGUGCGCGAGGCGGCGCUGUCCCGCACUGACAUCCAGGUGCUGACCGACGCGCUGCUCAACAAGCACCACGACCAGCUGCCCGAGCACUCGGAGUGGACCGAGGGUCCAAAUGAUCCUAUGCAGAAAUUAAAAAAGCAGUUAGCCGAUAAAGAAAAGGCACUUGCUGAUGAAAUUGAAGCAUCUCAAGCGCUGCACGCUAAAUUGAAGGAGCUCAGAACGAACCUGAACGCGGAGCGCGGGCGCGCCUCCGCCGCCAGCCGCGCGGCCGAGCAGGCGGCCAGCGCCGCGCGCGCCGAGCUGCACACCCUGCAGGCCCGUCUGCAGCGCCUGCUCGACGACAACCACGCGCUCGCGCAGGACAAGCUCAUGCUUCAAUCCAAGCUGAGCGAGGAGAACGAGGCACAGGCGCAGCGCGUCCAGAUGGAAAUGCACAUCCAGAGGUUAUCGGAGGCGGAGGCGGCGCUGGUGGCGCAGCUGGGCGCGCUGCAGGCGGAGGCGGGCGCGCGCGCGGUGGAGGCGGGGCAGGCGCGCUGCGACGCGGCGGCGGCGCGCGACGCGGCGCUGCUCGCGCAGCAGCACGGCGCCGAGCUCGCGCAGCAGCUGCAGGAGGCCAACCGCGCAUACGCGGAGCUGGAGCAGCAGCGGCAGUGCGCCGUGCACGCGGAGCAACUCGCGCAGCAGGAGCUGCGGCAGCUGCAGGCGCGCCUCGCGGGUCUUACUGAACUUCAAAACGACGUGCAGCGUCUCACGAGCCGCGCGCAGGCCGCCGAGAGCGCGGCAGAAAAACUUAAAGAGGAAAUGGAGAAGGAUAAGCAAGGGUUAUCAAAGGAGAUCACACAAUUGCGAGAACAACUUGCCACCCGCGAGACUGAGUUGGCUGAACUGAAGCAACUAAAAGCGGUACCUGCCCAAAAUGGAUUGCCUCCUAUUGACGGACAAAAGGCAGCGGAACUUGCUAAAGUUGAAAGCGUAGUCGAAUCUCUUCGGAAUGAACUUGCAUUAGCACAGAAGAGUAGUUCAGAACAAAAGGAACAGCUGGCGAGCAUGCAGGCACAACUCGCUCAGUACAGGGAGAAAAACAACGAGUUACGAACUAAAAACUGGAAAGUAAUGGAGGCGUUACAAACAGCCGAAAAGGCUCUCGCGACGAGAGCGACGCCCGCGAUGCCGGCCCAAGACGCCGAAGCUGUGACCAGAGCCGAGGCGCAACAUUUUAAUGAAGUAGCAAAUGUCCUGCGAUCUGUAUGUCCCACGAUCGCUCCCACUUCUAAGGUGGGAAUGGAAUGGCUGCAAACUUUUGCCGACACACUCAAAAAAGAACUUGAAACCAAGGAAGCGGAGAAGAAACGCGUGGAACAGGACCUCGCAGCGAAACUGUUGGAAAAAGACAACGAGAAGAAGCAACUAGAAAUCGUGCUGCAUAGAAAAUUACAAGAAAAAGAAUCGUUAGCGAAGGAAAUCGAGAGUAAAAUGCGACAACAGAUACAAGAGAGAGAGCAAAAGUUGGAAGAAGAAUUGACCUUUAGAAAGAAAGUGGAGAGCGAGCUGCAUAAGAAGCAAGAAGUUAAAGAAAGAGCGGAGGCGACGGAUGAGUCUCGCGUUAAAGAUUUGGAAGCACAGAAUGAGCACUUGCAGGGCCUCGUAGACAAGUACAAAAGAAUAAUCGACGACACCGAAGGCGUGCUGAGCCGCCUGCAGCAGAACGUGACGCGCGAGGAGCAGCGCUGGGCGCAGCAGCUCGCCGACAAGCAGCGCGACCUGGACGCCCUGCGCUCCAGCACCGUGCUGCAGAUGCAGAAUAAAAUUGAUUUUCUACAGGCAGAGUUACAGAAGUUGCAAGCAAAGAACCACAGUAGUAGUUUUGCGGAUGCAGAAAGACUAACAGAGGAAAGAUUGAUGGCAGGUUUAUCUGAUAAACAUGAGACAGACGUGCGCAAUGGACCAAUACAGGUUGGACUAGUUGAGAAUUAACAAAUAGAUAAUACAAUGUACAAAUCUGUUUUGGAGCGCAACCCGUAACUCCGGGCGUCAACCGCACUCGCCUUCACUGCCGCUUAUACGAUAAGGUCUUUUCGAUAAAUAUCUAACAAACAUAAAAAUAGGUUAAACUGAAAUAUUUUGUAUGAUAGGCACUUUAUUUUUUGUAGUACGUGGUCUAAAAACUAUAACAGGUCAGCGAAUUGACCAGAUGUCUAAAUUAUUAUUAAGGUAUUAUAACUGUGCAUUGUAAAUCUAGAUGUUUAAAAAUUUAUACCACUUAAUUUUGUAUAACGCUCAACCGUCAAGAGUUUGUUUUACAAAUAUUUUCUACAAUUUAGUUCCUAACUUUUAAAUUUUCAUAAAAUCAUCCGCAAAUAUAUCCAUAAUGUAAAACACGAAACAGAGAUGCAGUGAAUGAGUGAUGCUAUUGCUGGAAGUAUAACGAAUUAGAUGGGUCCUCGGAAUAUCACAACCGAAAAUAUUAUUGAUGUAUAAAAUCACAUAAUAUCUUCUUACAUAAUAAGAUUUCAUGUGAUACAUAAUAAUAUUACAAUAAACUGAGCUCCAAGAAAUAGUUUCUUUUAAUAUUUUUAUUGAAAUAGUUAUAAUUGAAUAAAAGAUUCAAUUAUAUUAUUAUUUACUCAGCCUCAAAUUAUUAUUAUUUAAAAAUAUAUGUUUAUUCUUGAACUAUUGACCUCUAUUGAUAUCUGAAAUUGGUUAGUUGCAAUAAUAAAGAUUGUUUUAUUUUUUUUAAAUUAAAUAUACCUAUUGGUUAUUAUAACUAUAACGUAAUAUGAUGAAUAUGACAUGAAAUUUUAAUUCCUAGUAGAUAUAAAGUGUAUGUUGGUCAGUUGUAUUUAGGACUGUAUUAGUUAAAGAAUUGUAGGGAACAUCAUGUAGCGUCAACAAUCUGAUUGCGAUUUAUCAAUUUGUUGAAUGUUUCAUUAAUGCGACUCGUGAUUUAAAGAUAGUAAACUAAUUUAAAAAUUUCGAUAGAAUAUUUUACAAUAGAAAAAUAAGAACAAACUUAUGCAAGAAUUUAAAAUGAAAAUUGUGAUACAAUUAUAUAGCUUUGUUUAGUUAUUCUAUUGAUUCCAAAUAUGUAAUAAUAAUCUUUUUGAUUUUAUUGGAAUAUUUUUUGUCUUCUUUCAAUCUUUAAAUCGCGUUUCAAAAUUUUUUAUUGUGAUCAUUUAAUCAAACUAGUGUAACACAAAAUUUAGUUACGUAUAUAUGUAGUUAAACGGAUGUUUUUGUCUAUUUCAACUAUCAUGUUGCUUUUUAAUAUAACUUUAGUAAUAUAUUUUAAAAUGAAAAAAAAAAUUGAACUUGGCAGAUUAGUUUUAUUUGCAAAACCGUCUUUACUAAAUCGUGUGUGCAUUUUAUUUAUUUAAGGGAAUGUUAUUUACUAUUUAGAGGUAUAUUAUUUAUAACUUUUGUACUAGUGCAUAAUCAUUUCUGUCAGUGCCUUAGAAUAAGAUUUAAAUUUGAUAAGCUGACUGUUUAAUUUCUAGUAAUAAUGAAAUAAAAUGCAUGUUAAUGGUUAAGUUAUUAUUGAAUUGUAACAAUUUUUUUAAUCUGUUGGAUACACUGAUACAAUUUAAUGACUUAGGAUGCGUUGAAUGUUGGCGUAAAAUUAAAAAAAAAGAAUACUAGCUGCUUACUUCUAAAUUUUUUGAAAGCUCGUAAUAUAAAUUUCAUGCAAAUUGUACAAAUAGCGCCAACACUGAAAACCGCAUAAUUAUAAAAUAAUUGUCGUGUCAAAAGUCCUGAGUAUUGUAUUUGUUGUAGUCAUAAUGAACUUAAGUGUGUAAGCCAAUUUAUAUGAAAAUUCAUAUACUAGAUAAAGACAUUAUAAAAUAAAAUAUUUCUAUGAUU